AGAGGCGGGGACAGCAGGGCUUCGGGCAAGGAGGUCUGGAUGCUGAGGGCGGUCCCUGAGGGGCGGGCGGGGCCCGACCGGCGCUCUGUGUGGCCGAGGCCAUGAAGCCGCAGCCGCCCGGCUAGGCCCCGGGCGGCUCUAGCCCAGGGCGGCCCGCGGGGCGCUGGGCCUGGCUCCCGGCUCCGGUUUCCGGGCCGGCGGGUGGCCGCUCACCAUGCCCGGCAAGCACCAGCAUUUCCAGGAACCCGAGGUCGGCUGCUGCGGGAAAUACUUCCUGUUUGGCUUCAACAUUGUCUUCUGGGUGCUGGGAGCCCUGUUCCUGGCUAUCGGCCUCUGGGCCUGGGGUGAGAAGGGUGUUCUCUCCAACAUCUCAGCGCUGACAGAUCUGGGAGGCCUUGACCCCGUGUGGCUGUUUGUGGUAGUUGGAGGCGUCAUGUCGGUGCUGGGCUUUGCUGGCUGCAUCGGGGCCCUCCGGGAGAACACCUUCCUGCUCAAGUUUUUCUCCGUGUUCCUCGGUCUCAUCUUCUUCCUGGAGCUGGCAACAGGGAUCCUGGCCUUUGUCUUCAAGGACUGGAUUCGAGACCAGCUCAACCUCUUCAUCAACAACAACGUCAAGGCCUACCGGGACGACAUUGACCUCCAGAACCUCAUUGACUUUGCUCAGGAAUACUGGUCUUGCUGUGGAGCCCGAGGCCCCAAUGACUGGAACCUCAAUAUCUACUUCAACUGCACUGACUUGAACCCCAGCCGGGAGCGCUGCGGGGUGCCCUUCUCCUGCUGCGUCAGGGACCCUGCGGAGGAUGUCCUCAACACCCAGUGUGGCUACGACGUCCGGCUCAAACUGGAGCUGGAGCAGCAGGGCUUCAUCCACACCAAAGGCUGCGUGGGCCAGUUUGAGAAGUGGCUGCAGGACAACCUGAUUGUGGUGGCGGGAGUCUUCAUGGGCAUCGCCCUCCUCCAGGUACCCUUGUGGCCCCACGUGCCCCUCCCCUUGCCGGGGCCGCCCUCACUCUCCCCUCACCUGUCCUCUGUCUUACAGAUCUUUGGCAUCUGCCUGGCCCAGAACCUCGUGAGUGACAUCAAGGCAGUGAAAGCCAACUGGAGCAAAUGGAAUGAUGACUUUGAAAACCACUGGCUUACGCCCACCAUUUCCGAGGUCCUGUCCACGGCGGGGCCUCAGCAGAACUCUCUGAUUGGGGCCCCUGGCCCAGCCCCACCCAGCCGACAUGUUUUCUUUGGCCUGGGUGGUUUAUACCCUGAGCCAACCUUUAAAAAUUGGUAGAUUUCACAUAAAAGUCCAGAUCCACAGCUUCUCUUGAAGAAUGACCACCUGGCUACGCCGGCUCUUCAGUGGCAACAUUACCUGGGACACUGCCUCCCCAGUCACCAAGGGCCCCAGCUGGCCCGUUCUACUCACCUAAGUGCCGCCUGACCCUUGUACACUAGGAGCUGGCCUCCCACCUCUGCAGGGUUAUUCCCUGCACCUCGAGGCCGCUGCGGGCCAAUCUGGAGUGAAACACGGGGACCUGAAGGAUGGGGAGGCUGGACCCCGCUUUGAAGAGGGUGCAGCCUGGGAAGGGCGGCCUUGCUGGGGACUGCGGUGGGAGUAGAGUGCCCAGGAGAGGGUCUGAGGGGUGGGAUGGGGGUCAGGACAAUUUUGCAAAAGAAGUAGCUGGAAGCCAUGGGACUGGCGGGAGCCUGUUUGGGGGAUCUGGAUGGUUGACUCCUAGGAGUCAUCUUCGCCGUGGCUGCAGAGCUGCCUGAUGGGCACUAGAGGGCACGCCAGCCCCACACUCCCUGGGUCUGGCUUCCUCCCGCAACCUCACUCUAGUAGAGCCUGUGCCUGCCUACUAGCGCUCUGGGGUUCGGAGAGUUUGGGAAUUUCUCAGAGCCAACUGGCUCAGGCUUGGGAAGGCUGGCUGCUGCCCUCGGCUCCGCCUCAUCAGCUAUGUGAAGGGGUGUGUGUGGAGUGAUCCUGCCGCCCCCUCCCUGGGCUCGUCCAGAGAUCUCAAACUCCGAUGCCCCUGGGGCCACGUAUGUUGUAUAAAUGGAUGAAACAGGCCCUUGAGUUGGGAGCCUGCUUCACUUUGACUUUCCCACUGUUGCUGGAGACAAAGACAUCGUGAUGAGAGAAAGUUCGCACAAUCUAGUCGGUAACAGCCACUUUCCUUGAGACCAAGAGAGUGCGGUGGGGAUGGGGGGCAGAGCACGGGUCCCCGUCUGACAGUGGCCGCUGCCAUAUUCAGGUGUAGCUAAUUGCUCUGGUGUGGGAAUGCAGGCCUAAUGACAGAAAUCUGGAGAAGCAAGAAAUACAGAUUUGUAUGUGAGAUGUCCUGAUUUUUUAAGUUGUUGGCAGAAAUUAAUUCAGAAAUCAAGUCUGCAGGCCAAACAAGGUGCAGGACCCAGCUUUGGCCCCAUGCCCCUGUAGGUCCCUCUGGGACAGUCACCGCUGGAGUCCUGGCUGCUCUGUCAUUGAGGGAUGCUGGGCACUGCUGCCGGGUGGCCAGGGUAUGGGGCAUGUGCCCAGCAAUGUGGCUCCUUGGCCCCGCUGGCCAGUGUCCUGGGCCCCUGACAGGCGCUGGCUGUGAGUGGUUUGUACAUGCUACAAUAAAUGCAGCUGGCAGCAUUGUG